AUAUGCUUGAUCUCCCUGGCACAGAGCUUGCCGUGCAUCAAGAUUUUUUACAACAUCUAUAUUCAUCCAUUCGCGCGGUAUCCGGGGCCGCAUCUCUAUGCAGCAUCAUCCAUCCCGCUGGUCAUUGCAUCAAUUGCGCGGAAGAUGGCACCUUUUUGUUCAGGACGCACACGGGAAGUAUGGUCCCGUAGUGAGGAUCGGACCAUGGGAGCUUUCCUACACGUCCGCCGCAGCAUGGCAGGACAUUUAUGGGCGUCGCAAAGGUAACCCACAGAUGGCCCGCGACAGGGCCCUCUUCAACAAGAUGUCGGUAGAUUCUGGUACAAUAACAAUGGCGGAUGACGACAAUCAGGCGCGGCUCCGUCGAUCCCUUGCCCCGGCUUUCUCCCCGAAGGCGCUCGUAGACCGUUCCGAGGCUGGGCUUGUCACGGAUCUACGGGCGUGGUAUAAUUGUACAACUUUUGAUCUGCUGGGUGACUUUGCUUUCGGCAGCCCGUUCGGGUGCCUCAAGGCACCGGGGUUUCACGAGUGGGUGCAGUUGGUUGUGGACUACUUCUAUGUUGCAAUCACACUCCAGGCAGUUCACAGAUUCUGGCCGCUAGACAAGCUACUGGCCUUGUCGCUCCCAGCUUUCCUCUCUGAGAGAAAGAACCGAAACAACGAAAGGGCCCCAGAAAAAGCUCUCAGUCAUCUGGCUACAACUGUCGAUCGUCCGGACUUCAUUCACUACAUGCCGAAUGCCAUGAGGAGCGGCAGUAUGACAAACGAGGAAAUCGAGAAGCAGUCGACAGUAAUCAUUCUCGCUGGUAGCGAAACCACCUCAAUUGCACUGACCUACGCGACCUAUUUUCUCAGCGAGUCUGAAAUUACCAUGCUCGCGGUAAAUCAAUUGAGCAGCCUGCAGGCAGUGCUACAGGAGACAUUGCGCCUGCGGCCUCCAAUCGCCAAUGGCUUCCCACGACGAACUCCGGCUGAGGGAGCAGUAAUCGAUGGACGAUUCGUGCCGGCAGGUGUAAUUUACAACCCUCUUUCCGCCUGUUUCCGCCCGUCCUGA